AUGAAUGAUGAAGAUAUUCUCUAUUGGUUUGAAACCUUUCAUCGCGAUUGCCCGGAUGGUUUCCUAACUCAACAAGUCUUCAUUCAAUUCUAUAAACAAGCAUUCCAUGAUGGUGAUCCCACGAAGUUUUGCAAACGUAUAUUUCAUAUUUUUGAUCGCGAUAAAUCAGGCAGGAGUUGUUCCUCUCUGGAUCGAUUUUACAAAUUGAUCUUUACUUCUGCAGGUACAAUAGACUUUAUGGAAUUCUUAUUAGCGAUAGACCUGUUCGAGAAUGGGAGCUUAUACGAGAAGCUUUACUAUGCAUUUCAGUUGUACGAUUUGGAUGGUAAUGGGAUACUGACACGAACUGAAAUAGUACGAUUAAUUAAAAUGAUUCUGUCGGUACGUGGAGAAACGACAAAUGAUCAAACAAAGCAAACAAUCCGAGCACAUUUGAAUGCAUUUUUAAAACAUUUUGACGUGAAUACUGAUGAGAAAAUAAGUCUAGAAAAAUUUUGCAUCAUAUGUGAAAAAGACGAAGUUUUGAAAAAUUUUCUUUCAGUUGCAUUUGCAAUUUAG